UAGCAGCAGAAGGUCGUCCGCAGCUUCGUUGUAUUUCACAACAAUGAAAAGCUAAUGUAGCACCUUUUUUGUUUUUUUUAUUUUACUUUGUUACAGUUUUGUCGCCGGAGAGGUGGAGUGAUGUGAGUUAUUUGUAGAAAAUAGAGGAAUGCGGCCGUACGUCGCGUUUUGCUCGGACUCGUUAUGAAACAGUUGCUAGCUGAUGUUUGCUAACAGCCCGACAGCUCUGAUAUCGACUGGAGGCGACACACAGGUGAUAGUGUUUAAGUUAGCCAGCAAAUGCUGUUUAUCUCGGGGAGUCAGAAUUGGCUGACGCUGCGUGUUAAUUAGUGAACCCUCUGUGAAGUGGAUCGAACCUCGAAUCCCAGACUCAGCUUCACAGACCCAGGACCCAGGACCCAGGACCCCCGCAGUAUAGACUGAAGAGGCUGGUUUGAUGGCAGCCACGGCCGGUGCCCGCCGGUUACCCAUGGGUGUGCGGACAUUCAGUGACUUCCUCCACAUUGCCACCGUGGGCUCCCCACGCUCCUGCCGUACAGCUGUUCCUAGAGGAUGUCCACGACAAAGCAUCAGACACUUGUCAUCAUGUGGCAUUUUGAUGACAAGAACUCCCCGAGUGCUUUGCCUUCAAGACUGGGACACAAUGACAGCUGUUCCUCAAAGCAGAAACUUCAUCAGCCUCACCAACAAAAGGAAGGAGUACUCCGAGCGUAGGAUCCUUGGCUUUUCAAUGCAGGAAAUGUACGAUGUGGUGGCCAAUGUUGAUGAGUACAAGCUCUUUGUUCCCUGGUGUAAGAAGUCCCAGACCAUCAUGAAAAGAGCAGGCCACUCCAAGGCCCAGCUGGAAGUAGGAUUCCCUCCAGUGGUGGAGAGAUACACAUCCAUGAUCACUUGUGUUCGGCCUCACCUGGUCAAAGCAGUGUGUACAGAUGGAAAGCUGUUCAAUCACCUGGAAACCAUAUGGCGCUUUAGUCCCGGCAUUCCUGGUUACCCUCGCACCUGCACCGUAGAUUUUUCAAUUUCCUUUGAGUUCCGCUCUUUGUUGCACUCUCAGUUAGCCACCAUGUUCUUCGACGAGGUUGUAAAGCAGAACGUCGCGGCGUUCGAGCGGCGAGCCUGUAAGCUCUACGGCCAAGAGACUCGCAUCCCACGAGAGCUGAUGUUUCAUGAGGUGCAUCAAACGUGAUCUCAGCAGCUCCAAUUUCUCAUCUGGCCUUAAAUCAUACCAACCUUUAUUUUGUCCAUCCCUACGACCCUGCAUGAAGCGGCUUAUACGACAUAAACUGCAAGUCUCCCCCACUUCAGACUCUUAGCAUUAUGUUGGCGUUCUUACCUCAACAUAGUGUUACUUAUCUCCACCUCCUUGUGUUUAGUCUGUCCACUUUCUGUCUACCUCCACCUAAGGGAUCCUUUUUCUGCAGAAGGAAUCCGUCAUUUCUCUCACUUCAUGUCAGUUCAAUCUGUAUUUCUGUGAACAAAACAGUAAAUAAUUCCAAAAUCAUGUUACCAAUGGUAGAGUCGACUAUUAUUUAAAACAAAUAGCAGUGACACUGAAAAGAACAUUUUUUUUUUUUAAAGUCUUCGACUCUAAUCUGAGAUCACCUGUCAUAGUUCACUGUGACCUCAAGUUUCUUUCCACACUGACACUUCAUCAGGUCAAAGUGUGUCCUGUUGGAGAUCACUGUUACACUUGAAUUAGCUCAUUAUACUGUAUUAGGAUCGCUUAAUCUUUGCCUUUUAUUUUACCCUUUUAGAUUAAAUAUUUAAUGUAUAGUUUGAGUUAUAGGAGUGAUUUUGGUGCAAAACAUAAUUAAUUUCAUCCUUUUUAAAUCCAUUUUGUGCACAUUUUACUUUUUAUUGAGGAUGGAGUGAAAUGUGCCACAUUAAGCAUUGAGAUUUUUGUCGCUGAAAGCUGUGACACUAUAAUACUAUAAUAAUAAAAAGUGUAAAGGGUUAAAUGUCCAUUUAGAUCAAAUAGACUGCGCCCUUAAUUGCCUUUAGGUUUGGGAAUUGAGGCUUAAACUUGCCUGUUGUGCUGUGAUGGUUGUGUUUUUGAACAUUGAGACUUGGUCUUCAAAUUUCAAUCAUGCCUUUUAUAAUACAGCCCAGCAAUAAAAGAUUCAGGGAGGAACGAGAGUCACUUUGCACAAACUAGAGCACCUAAAUGGAUCCAUGGACUUACAGGAUAGAACUGUGAACUGCAGAAAAUUGGAUAACAAGAAUACAUUUGAAUUAAAAAAGUUUAGUACAGGUGAUAUCUACAGAUGUAACGAGCAAUGUGUAAAAUAAUCAGUCCAAAGUUUCCCCUCUUGGCGAUUUUUUAUUUUGCAGUCCAUUUCCUGAAGGUCAUCAGGAGGAUGAAACUCCUGCCAUGGAAACCGUGUGACUCUAAAGUCUACUGUUGGACUGUAGAAUAAAGCAUAAUCAAUCUUGACACUGUUUCUGGGUUUCUUAUCUGAUGGGAUUUUGCCGCUUUUAUUGAACACAUUAUGAUGCAUGGGUGAAGUUUUAAAACAAAGAAAUGUCACCAACAGUUAUGUUUGGCAUUGUAAGGACAUGAUGUCUACACUUCACUGUUUGAUUCAUAAGUCAGUAGCCUGUGGCAUUAUUUCAUUUAAAGGGCUCAGUUGAAUGAUUGAUUUUUUUUGAAGGUGACAGAUUUGUUGGAGGAGGCGUAAUGGAUAAGUCUGUCCUCAUAACAGACAGUCUUACAUCCAUUCUCCAAGUCUCAAACUAAAUCUGGAUUUUGGUUUUAAAGCUGAUGGGGUGUGUUGGGGAGUGAAGGGAUCAUCAAUCAUCAAUGCAUGAAGAAUGUUUUGUGUUACAUUGUUUACAUUAAAUCACUGUUGAAUAAAAAUAAAGAAACCACAGUUUGUAGGAUUGUAAAAAUGGAGUGUUAUAUCUUAAAUAAAAUCUGUUAACU